AUGGUUUUUAAGAUUUUCCCAUGCGAUGAAUACGAGGCCCCUCGUAUACCACAUCUGGCGCCAUCAGGUCGAAAGAAGGCCUACUUAGGGCGUUCAAAGUUUGUAUCGUGUGUAUCCUCAGACGAGUCUCACCAGCAUGGCAAAGGCCGAACCAUAUACAAGGGGCCCCGUGUAGGAGGCUCGAGCAACUCGUUAUGA